AUGGUGAACUUCACCGAGCUACCCACAGAGAUCCAUUCUUCAAUCUUUCAACAUUUAUACCCAUCAGAUUUCAUUAAGAUCAUUCAAAAUAUUCCAGAAUGGGAACAUUUAAUCACUCCAGAUAUGUUCAGGAUUGUUUCUAAUGAUUAUUCAAGUUUUAAAUCAAAAUAUGGACUAUCUGAUGAUUUCUAUUUGGAUUAUAAUUGUAACAUAAAUCCAAACGUUGAUCGUCAUCUUUAUCUUCAAUUACUUAAAGAUUAUUUUGAAAUUGAAAGAGAUAACUCAGUCUUGGAUCCAUCUUUAUUAAUGGGGUUUAAUGGUGCUUUAUUAAUUGAAAUUAAUGAAAGCGCCUGGGAAUGCUUGACCAAAUUUGAUGAUCAUUUAUUAUUACAUGAUCCUAUUGAACUUAUCUGGAAUACUACAAAAUUAGCUCGAGCACGUUUUAAGUUUCUCCAUGAUUUUUUCCCAAAUUUAGAGUGUAUUACUAGAUUGAAAAAACUCACAAUAAAUCUUGGACCUGAAAUAGGUUACCAAAGUUUUUUAGAAACACCAUAUGAAAUACAAGAUCUUCCAUAUCGUAUACCCUCCAAUAAAUUACAUAUUCCAUUUGUUAAAUCACUUCACCUUGGUUUUGAAGAAAUUAGAGGUCUUGGAGGUUAUUAUGGAGCACCUGAAGGUCUUGAUGAUGAAAUUAGAUGUCAUUCAAUCAAUGAAAUCAAAACUAUUAUGCCAGAUUUAGAGUCACUUAACAUGUCUUUCAAUGAUGUUAAUGAUGAUUAUGAAGAUGAGUCUGGAUGUACAUGGAGAUUUUUUAAUCCCAUAUUAGGAUUUGAUGAAGAUUGGGAAAUAUCUUCUGUGGAUGAAAGAUCUAAAUUAGAUGAUUUUUUUGAAACUAUAGAAGGAUCCUUAGAUUUUUUGAAAAGUUUCCAAUUAAGAUAUUUCCAUAAUAAAAAUUUCAAAUUGUUCAACAAUCUACAAGUAUCAAAUCUGGAAAAAUUGGUCAUUGAGUUUGCAACAAUUCAUUCAAUUAAAAAUUUAAAUUUACCAAAUCUUAAAUCAUUUGAAAUCAAUCAAUCUGUAAUUUAUGAAAUUUCAAAUUUGAAAUUAAAUUCUUUAGAAGAUUUUUCAAUUCAGAUUCUAACACCACAUUUUACAUUAGAAGAAGAACAAAAAAAUGAAGUACAUGUAACAAUUCAAAAUAUUAAAUCAUCAAGUUUGAAAAACUUCACUCUUUUUAGUUCAUUUAAGAUUAAAGAAAUAUCAAAUUUGGAUUUCCCAUCUUUACAAACCAUGAAAAUUCAUCCAACUAGUGAUUCAGCUAAUUAUGAUUCUUUUGAAGGUAUUAAGAAUUUAUCAUUCCCAAAAUUAGAAGAUCUAACUAUAUUUAACAUACCAUUUGAUAAUUUAUAUUCAUUGUUCCAGGGUUGUUCAGAUUUGAAACAUAUUCAUAUGGUGGCCUGUUCCUCUUUCAACAUUAAAAAAAUUAGAUCUCAAAAUUCAUUAGAAUCGUUAAGUUUAAGGGGUAUAGAAUCGUUACAAGGUUUUGAUGGAAUCUCAUUACCUUCUUUACAAACCAUGUGCAUAACAGCAGGAUGUGAAACUUCUUUCUCUAUGGAAAAUUGUUCAUUCGAAAAUCUGAAAACUUUAGCAAUUUAUACAGAAUAUCCUUCCAGUGAUUAUUCUUCCACUUUAACAUUCUUGAAUAAUGAUAUUCCUCAACUUGAACAAUUAUCAUUGUCAGGUUUUAAUAUAACUAAUCAUUUCUCCACUGAACCAUACCCAGAGCUAGAAGGAAUCAAAAUUGAUAGAAUAAAAUCAAUACAAAUUUCAGCAAGUAAUAAACUAAAAAUGCUAAAUCUUUGGGAUAAUUUCACCAGUAUGAAAAUAGACAAGAGUGAUGAAUUACCUAACUUACAAACAUAUAGAGAACCUUGUGAGGAUGAAUAUUAUGAAACCGUUUUCAAAAAGAGGAAAAUUGAACUAGGUGAAGAUGUUUACUAA